AACUUCUUUACCUUUCUUUCUUGCCUUUUGUAUCUCCUGCAGUCUAUUCUAUCUACUGCCCAAUCAUUCCCAUAUCCAAGCUCCGAUCAAUCUACAACAAUGGCAGCAAUGGCAACAACAAUGUCGAAUACCUUUGCGAUAUUGCCACUCAAAGCUAUUUCCAGUCACAAUAAUUUUCCAUUGUUUUUUCCUACUAACUCUUGUUCUACAACUUCACUCACUAAAUUCGCAUUUCAAUGGAACUCUACUCAACCUGCUUCCUCUGCUGCUACUAUUCGAAACAAAAACAACUUCCUCUGUUCUUCUGUUGACACUUCCAAUCAGUGCGUAACUGUAAUUGAUAACGAUGACGAUGAUUGUAAGGAUUGUGAAUCUGAAGCAUUGGAUUUAGAGUUUGAGAACGAAAUUCAACUAUAUUCUUUCAAUCCUUUGCCUAUCUUCCUCUUAGCUGCUCUUCCUGGAGCGGAUACAGUGAAGUCUGUAUUUGGACCCUUUGUGGAGUUGGUUAAAUCAUGGAACCUUCCAGAUUGGCUUGUUCAUUGGGGUCAUCCUGGAAAUAUGGCAGUGGUGCUUUUCGCUAUGGGUGGAUAUGGUACAUAUUUGGGCUUCCGCAUUCGAUUCUCAGAUGAUGUGGAAGAAAAGGCUAAAGCUAAAGACUUGCACCCAAAACUGCUAGGAGGCAUGUUUUUCUUCUUUGCUCUUGGGGCAACUGGGGGCGUCACAUCUUUGCUCACCUCUGACAGACCGAUCUUCGAGAGCCCUCAUGCUGUUACCGGCUUCAUCGGCCUCGCUCUUUUAACCUUACAAACCAUCUUACCUUCUUUAUUUGAGGGGAAUCCUGGGCUGAGGAAUGUUCAUGGCAUCUUAGGCAGUGGAAUCAUGACGCUCUUCCUUGUUCAUGCCGCCUUAGGACUCCAACUCGGGUUGAGUUACUAGUGAAUUAUGAUCCCAAUCUCCGGAAUCAACUGUUCAUUCAUACGCAAAUCUCCAUUUUUUCUUCAAUCUUGAACCUUGAGCUCAACUAGAAAACACUAUAGCACGCACUGUUAGAAGAGAAUACUUCAAAAGUCCACAUAAGUAUACUCAUGUUCCUCUGGAAGAAAUAACAAUUUUCUCCCAAGAAAAUUAUAUAUAUAUCUGAAACAUAUUCCGGUAAAACAAAAUGUCAUUCAUUUUAUAAUUGCAACAUUCAAAUUUUAAGUA